AUGAAGCAACAAAAAAAGAGAAGGGAUGAAGAAAUGGAUAUCAUCACAGAUUACAUGGUGCUUGAGAUCGAAGAAGGACAAAUAUACAGUGACAAGAACAUACUGAAAACAGCAAUCAGAUUCUAUGCAAUGAUAAAGAACUUUCAAAUCAGAACGAAUAGGUCCGAAUUGAGGGAAUACAUGGUUACAUGUGUUGACGAAAAUUGUAACUGGUUUCUGGGCGCUUCAAAGUUGAAACAAAUACAAACAUUCAAGAUUAGAAAAUAUGUCAACAACCACAAUUGCUCAUUGGAUGUCAUAAUGGAGGAUCAUAUGCAAGCAACAUACAAUACUAUUGCUCAAAUAGUAAGGAACAAAUACGAUUCAAUAAACAGGUUGCAUGCACCGAAUGACAUUAUGAAGGACAUGCUACAUGAGUUUUGGGUUUUCAUGGGAUAUCAAAAGGCUUGGAGAACAAGAGAAAAUGCUCUUGAAUUGUCAAGAGGAAAGCUUGAAGACUCAUACAAGCAACUACCAAUGUACCUUCAUAUGCUAAAAAAAGAAAAUCUAGGGACAGUAACUGAAUUGUUUAUAGACAAGAAGAACAGGUUCAAGUACAUGUUCUUAGCAUUGUCAAAUUCAAUUAGAGGAUGGAUUCAUUGCAGACCAGUGAUUGCGGUAGAUGACACAUUCUUGAAAACAACAUAUGGAAGGACGUUGUUUACAGUAUCAACAAUGGAUGCUAAUAACCACAUAUUCAUAUUGGUAUUUGGAAUAGGAGACUCGGAGAAUGAUUCAUCAUGGGAGUGGUUUUCGAACAAGCUAAGAGAAACAUUUGAAGAAAGAUAA